CUUUAAUUGUUCCUCUUCCAAGCUUCUAUCUCGCGUCUGCGCUUUCCAGAGGCAGAGAAAGAAUCAGAGAGAAGUGAAGGUGGAGAGAGAGAGAGGGGAAAAGAAGAUGAAAGGCCUUGAGAGCCUAGGCAGGACGGUGAAAUCGCCACUUCUUAUAAAGACAGCCUCGAUCCUUCUUGGCUGCAUCGCCGCCUUCUUACUCGGCAAGCAUUGGUCGGACGAAUCCCAGAAGCUCAUCUUCUUCACCCGCAGCACUGGGGCCAGCGAAGGCGAACGCGGGCACUACGUAGCCAUAUCUCCUAACGCAAACCGCACAUUUGACAUAUCCACACUCAUAUCCAAUGUCUCUACUUUCCCGCCGCCUCCGCCGUCCCCGCCUCCUUUGCAAUAUCCGCCUCCCCCAGCGUCCUUGCCGCCGCCCCCACCGCCGGAGAAGUUUGGGGUUGUGAACGAGAACGGGGAGAUGAAUGAUAGAUUUGAUACGGGGGUGUUCGAUCCCGAUCUUGGUAAGAAUUUGAGUAUGGGGAACGAGACGGAAGAGGCGAGUGGCGUAAACCAGGGCACGGGUAGGGUUAUUAGGGUUAAGAAGUUCCAGUCCUGUCCUGCAACCAUGAGAGAGUACAUUCCUUGCUUGGAUAACUGGGAGGCCAUCGAUAAGCUCAAUUCAACGGAUAGAGGGGAGAAGUUCGAGCGCCAUUGCCCUGAGGUGGGGAAGGGAUUGAAUUGCUUGGUUCCGGCUCCAAAUAACUACAAGACUCGGAUUCCUUGGCCGAAGAGCCGAGACGAGGUUUGGUUCAGCAAUGUUCCUCAUACACGUUUGGUUGAAGAUAAAGGAGGGCAAAAUUGGAUCACAAGGGAUAAAGAUAAGUUUAAGUUUCCCGGAGGAGGAACCCAGUUUAUACAUGGAGCAAAUCAGUAUUUAAAUCAAAUAUCCGAGAUGGUUCCAGAUAUUGCGUUUGGUUCACAUACUAGAGUUGUUCUUGAUGUUGGAUGUGGUGUAGCAAGCUUUGGUGCAUAUUUGUUUUCAAAGAAUGCAAUCACCAUGUCGAUUGCCCCGAAAGAUGUUCAUGAGAACCAGAUUCAAUUUGCUCUUGAGCGUGGUGUGCCUGCAAUGGCGGCAGCUUUUGCAACACGGAGGUUGCUCUAUCCAAGCCAGGCAUUUGAUCUAAUUCAUUGCUCAAGAUGUCGCAUAAAUUGGACACGUGAUGAUGGAAUCUUGCUUCUGGAAGUCAACAGAAUGCUGAGAGCUGGGGGAUACUUUGCCUGGGCAGCACAACCAGUUUAUAAACAUGAAGAGGCACAGCAAGAAGCCUGGAAAGAGAUGGAGGACCUGACAACACAUAUUUGCUGGGAACUCGUGAAGAAGGAAGGAUAUAUUGCCAUAUGGCGUAAACCUCUGAACAACACUUGUUACAUCAUUCGGGAUGCUGCAGUAAAACCUCCAUUAUGCAACCCUGAUGAUGACCCAGAUAGUGUUUGGUAUGCUAAUCUGAAAGCAUGCAUUACAAGACUUCCUGAGAAUGGUUUUGGAAGCAAUUUGCCAACCUGGCCAGCUCGCUUGCAUGUACCGCCACAAAGGCUUGAAAAUGUAUUAAUGGAUGCUAGCAUUGCUAAAAAUGAGUUGUUCAAAGCGGAGACUGCCUUUUGGGAUGAAGUUGUAGGAAGCUAUGUCAAUGCUUUUCAUUGGAAAAAGAUGAACUUGCGGAAUGUUAUGGACAUGAGGGCUGGAUUUGGGGGGUUUGCUGCAGCAAUGAUUGAUAACCAGCUUGAUAGCUGGGUGAUGAAUGUUGUUCCCACUAGCGGCCCCAACACAUUGCCUUUAAUAUAUGAUCGUGGCCUUAUAGGAGUUGCCCAUGACUGGUGCGAACCAUUUGAUACAUAUCCUCGAACUUACGAUUUAUUACAUGCAUUUGGUCUCUUCUCCACAGAACAGAAAAGGUGUAACAUCACUUCCAUCUUACUAGAGAUGGAUCGAAUUCUGAGACCAGGUGGGCGUGCAUACAUCCGCGAUUCUAAGUACAUAGUUGAUGAGAUCCAAACAAUCACAGUGGCCCUGGGAUGGAGAUCAGACCAGCAUGACACAUCUGAAGGUCCUUAUGCUAGCAGGAGGAUCUUAAUAUGCCAGAAAUAGACGCCUUCCAUUUCCAUAUUCAAAUCAGAAAAUCUGUGAGCGCAGCAGCGGCUGUGGCCCUAAAAGCAUGCCAAAUCCAAUGCACCUGCAAGGGCCUGCUAUUUUUCUUUUUGGUUAGUUCUGACUAUCUUUCUUUGUUUCUUCAUAAUUCUUUUUUUUUUAAUAUUGAAAAAUAAUUGAUUUUAGGAUUUGUUGCACAGUUGAAUUAGUGGUUAUGCAAUUUAUUUGUUUUUUACUAUGAGUAUUCAUCGGCCUAUUUGUAUUCAA